CACACACAAGCAAAUGUUUCUCCGAGUCCAUGGCCCAGUGAUUCAAUCCCGAGUUUGCGGCGUUUCGUCUCGUUUCUGAUAUCGAAUUAAAAAAAUGCAACCACAAAUAAUUUUGUUGAAAGAGGGGACUGACUCGAGUCAGGGAAAGCCCCAGCUGAUAUCGAACAUAACUGCCUGCCAAAUGGUGGGUGAUUCCGUGAAGACGACUCUGGGUCCUCGUGGAAUGGACAAACUCAUCGUCGAUCAAAAUGGCAAGAGCACAAUCUCCAAUGAUGGUGCGACAAUUCUCAAGCUCCUCGAUAUCGUUCACCCAGCUGCGAAGACACUUGUGGACAUCGCCAAGUCGCAGGAUGCGGAGGUCGGUGAUGGAACCACCAGUGUCGUCCUAAUAGCAACCGAAUUUCUAAAGCAAAUGAAGCCAUUCGUGGAGGAAGGAGUCCACCCCCGUAUAAUCAUCAAAGCCUUCCGUCAGGCAAUGAAAAUAGCUCACGACAAGAUCCAACAAUUGAGUGUAAAAAUCGGUGACACUACACUGGCGGAGAAACGAAGUCUCCUCGAGAAGUGUGCAGCAACGGCGAUGAACUCAAAGCUCAUCCACCACCAGAAGGACUUCUUCAGCAAAAUGGUGGUUGACGCUGUGCUCCAACUCGACGAGCUCCUCCCCCUGAACAUGAUCGGCAUCAAGAAAGUAUCGGGUGGAGCCCUUGAGGACUCCCUCCUGGUCGCUGGAGUGGCAUUCAAGAAGACCUUCUCCUACGCUGGAUUCGAGAUGCAGCCGAAGAAGUAUUCCCCCUGCAAAAUCGCUCUGCUGAACAUCGAGUUGGAGCUGAAAGCGGAGAGAGAUAACGCAGAAGUCAGAGUUGACAACGUUGCCGAGUACCAGAAGGUGGUUGAUGCAGAGUGGCAGAUUCUCUACCAAAAACUGGAGAAGAUCCACAAGAUUGGAGCCAAUGUGGUGCUCUCAAAACUCCCCAUUGGAGACGUGGCGACCCAGUACUUUGCCGACAGAGACAUGUUCUGUGCUGGUCGAGUGCCAGAGGAGGACCUGAAGAGAACCAUGAAAGCCUGCGGUGGAGCUGUCAUCACCACUGUCAAUGACAUCACUGACUCAGUCCUGGGGAAAUGUGAGUCCUUCGAGGAGAAGCAGAUUGGAGGGGAGAGGUUCAAUUUCUUUGCUGGAUGCCCGAACGCCAAGACCUGCACUUUUGUUCUGCGUGGAGGGGCUGAACAGUUUUUGGAGGAAACUGAGAGAUCUCUGCACGAUGCUAUCAUGAUCGUCAGGAGGAUGAUUAAGAACGAUGCGGUUGUUGCUGGAGGUGGAGCCAUCGAGAUGGAAUUGUCGAAGACUCUGAGGGAUUAUUCUAGAACCAUUGCUGGGAAGGAGCAGCUCAUCAUUGGAGCUAUCGCGAGGGCUCUUGAGAUUAUUCCAAGGCAACUUUGUGAUAAUGCUGGCUUCGAUGCUACCAAUAUCCUCAACAAACUUAGACAGAAGCACCAUCAGGGAAAUUGUUGGUAUGGAGUUGAUAUCAACACUGAGGACAUUGCGGAUAACAUGGACGCCUGCGUCUGGGAACCAGCAAUUAUCAAGAUCAACGCACUGACAGCUGCUGGUGAAGCUGCCUGCCUGAUUCUCUCAGUCGACGAGACAAUCAAGAACCCAAGAAGUGGAGACGGCGGUGCUCCGCAGAUGCCUGUCGGUCGCGGCAUUGGGAGACCCAUGUAAUCCUCAUCCAUUCAUUCAUCUUACUCAUCGAUUAUUACUUGCUUGUUUAACCUAAUACUGCGUUUGCCGAAUUCCAUUCACAGUUCACAGAGGUAUUGAUCGCAAAUUUUCUGCAUUUCUCGCCGAUUUAAGAAAAUAAAACAUUUUAUAAUUGCA